UGUAAAUGUUAUGGAAUAUAGUAAUGUAUAAUAUGCAAUCUAAUAACAUUUAACAUAUUUCUAUUCCGCAAACAAAUUGGAAAGAGGAAGUUAAUAAAGGCCUAUUCAAUAAAUGCAAUUUAUCUUUAAGAUUAUUUUCAUCUAGAAAAAUCUUAAAGCACAUUCUAUAAAAAUCAUACAAUUCAGUAAUAGAACUCCUCUUUGAUCACUGUCAGCUUCUCCAUCAAAUGAUGUUACUUCCGAGUCAUAGUUUUUAAAAGUGUAUUGCACACGUUUUUUGUUAAAUUUAAUACAAAUGUGACAGGGCUGACAAAAACAUUAAUUGGGACAGUUGUAAAAUAGUAUUUAGUUGUAGAAUUUAUUCAUAAUUUUGUGUUUUUAAUCAGUUGAUGUGAAUGAUAACAACUUAAACUUCUUAUUUCUGAUUUUUUCCCCCUUCUAAAUAACAGUUUUUAGCAUAACAAAACUAUUACAGCUGUAGGUUCAGUUGAGCUCUGGACAAAGACAAUCUAACAAGGUUUGUACAUUUAUGAAGUGUUUUCAAUUAAGAACAAACAUCUGAGAAGUAAAUGAACGACAUGUUUCUUUACAAAACACACCUCACAGAAGUUAAUCAUCAGUCCAUUUUAUACAUUUUUGAGAUGAAAUACUUUUUUAUUCACUGUAUUUAUGUUUUUAUUUUAGGAACGAUCAUGUACGUUUCUGAUAAUGAAUGUCCAUUAUCCAGUAAUAAAAGCGUUUUCUUUUGAUUGACUCAGUCAUGGUUUUUGAGGCUCACAAAACAAAAACAGUCAAAAAAGGCAGCGAUUCAUCUUCGUAGCUUCACUACUACCUUUGUCCAGCAUCUUAUUGGACAACAAUGACCUCCAAACACGCAGCAGCACCCCAAUCUUUCAUUGUCCAUUUCAAGCGCGUCCUUAUUUGGAGAACCACGCCAUUGGCUAGAAGGCGCGUCAAUCAGCCUUUAUGGUCCCGCCUCCUUGCUCAAAUAUCAAGCGGUGAAUGGUCAACAGUCGGGCUGGCUGCUACUGUCUGCUCGUAACCACAGCGACUUAAUCUGGACCUGGAUGCUCGCUGGAGGAACCUGUUCGCAAAAACAAAACCCCAAACACUCUCCCGAACAACUGCGGCGUUCAUGUCAGCGGAUAAAGAUGCUGCGGGCUUCGGUUAGCGCGUUUCACCUGUGCGACCGGAGAGUUUGGUGGAUGUGACAUUGCUGGAGGUUUUUGUUCUGGUCCCGGACGCAGACCAGCGUUGAUCGUGAGCGCAGAGAUGAUGUUGAGUCGCCUGAUGAGUGGAAGCGUCAGAAACCUGGAGCGGGAAUACAUGUGCACGGUCAGACUGCUGGACGAUACGGAGUAUACCUGCACCAUUCAGAGGGAUGCCAAAGGCCAGUAUUUGUUCGACCUCAUCUGCCACCAUCUAAACCUGCUGGAGAAGGACUAUUUUGGCAUUAGAUAUGUCGAUCCGGAUAAGCAACGGCAUUGGCUGGAGUUCACCAAGUCAAUUUCGAAGCAGAUGAAAUCACAACCUCCUUUUACCAUGUGUCUGCGUGUGAAGUUCUACCCACCAGAUCCUGCUGCUCUAAAGGAGGAGAUCACCAGGUAUCUCGUCUUCCUGCAGAUUAAGAGAGAUUUGUAUCAUGGUCGUCUCCUUUGCAAAACAUCUGACGCGGCCAUGUUGGCAGCUUACAUCUUACAAGCUGAGAUUGGAGAUUACGACCCAGGAAAGCAUCCAGAGGGCUACAGCUCCAAGUUCCAGUUUUUCCCCAAGCACUCAGAGAAGCUGGAACGAAGGAUUGCGGAGAUUCACAAGACGGAGUUAAUAGGUCAAACCCCAGAGACUUCUGAGCUGAAGUUCUUGCAGAAAGCACAAAUGCUUGAAACAUACGGUGUGGAUCCUCAUCCGUGCAAGGUUAGUUGGCUCUACCUUACACUUAAAAAAAAAACCUGGUUCCAGAAUGAAUUUUGAGUUUCUUAAACUUCU